AUGACAAUAGGUAAGGCAGAACACAAAUACCCUGUGAGCACGGUAGUAGGUAAGGCAGAACACAGAAACCCUGUGGGCAUGACAGUAGAUAAGGCAAAACACAAAAACCCUGUGAGCAUGGCAAAGGCAAGGUUUCCUAAAAAUAAGGUAAGGCAAGGCCAAAGCAAAGCAAGGGCAAAUAAAGGCAAAGCAAAGGCAAAGGGCAAGACCACAUCAAUAGCAACGAGAAUGACCGCAUCAAAUGAAAGCGAAGCAAGCAAAGGCAACUUUAAUGACGGUAGCAGCAGCAAUGGUAAUAGCAACAACAGCACAAAACGACAACGACAAAUUCUUCCAUAUCAACUUUAUCUCAUUCACGCAAACAUAACUUCUCUUCAAUUCUUCUCUCCCCUUGAAGAGAAUGGGUUGUCGGAGUCAAGAAAGAGGCAAUAUCUCAAUGAGAAAAAGAAACAUAUCUUUUUCACUCCCCCUCCCCCCCUUGAAGAGGAGGGGAGGAGAGUACUUUAA